AUGGGAUUUCAUAACGUUAAAAAUAUUUCAGAUAUUAAGGAAUUAAAGAUAUUGCAAAAUAAUGAAAGAAAUGUAAAUAAUUUCCCACAAAUAUGUAAUGAUAAUAUAACACUGUGUGUAAAUAAUUCAAAUGAACUUUAUUUAUAUAAUAAGUCCAUUACCAUUUGUGAUAAUAAUAAUAAUAUAUUACAUAAUUAUAAAAAUGAAAUAGUAAAUUUAAUAAACAAUAAUAACAACAAUACUUAUCAAGACGUAUCAGAUAAAUGUGUACUCCAUAUGGAUUGUGACGACUUAUAUGUAUCUCCUAAUAAUAAUGUGGAAAAAAAUAUAUAUCAAGAGGAUAUUCAUAUGAAGGAUGAAAAUAAUGAUUUAUCAUUGAACUGUAUAAAUAAUACACAUCUUAAUGAAAAAUCAAUAUCAGAAACAAAAGAAAUAAUAGGAAAAAAAGUUAGACAAGACAUUAUACAUACAAAUGAUGAAAAUGUAAUGCUAGAAAUACAAGAUGAUGAGGAAAACAAAUUAAUACGAAAUGUCGAAAAACAUAUGGAUCAACCCAUCUUUUCAGGAUCAUCAAUGUCCUAUUCGUUUGAUAAAGAAAAAUAUUUAUAUCGUUCAAAUGAUAUGAGUGAUACUAAUUAUGUAUGUCAAGAUGAAAUACAUAGCAUAAUUUCUCCCGACGAAGAAAAAAAAAAUAGUCUCCAGAGUUUAUCAAACCAAAAUUUAGAAAUCGCAUAUGAAUUAACUUCGAAUGGUGACGAUGAAUAUAUAAUAGAAAAUAAUGAGGAAAAUAAUGAGGAAAAUAAUGAGGAAAAUAAUGAGGAAAAUAAUGAGGAAAAUAAUGAGGAAAAUAAUAAGGAAAAUAAUAAGGAAUAUAAUAAUGAUAAUAAUAAUGAUAAUUAUAGUUAUUAUAAUAGUUAUAAUAAUAGUCAUAAUAAUAGUCAUAAUAAUAGUCAUAAUAAUAGUCAUAAUAAUAGUCAUAAUAAUAGUCAUAAUAAUAGUCAUAAUAAUAGUCAUAAUAAUAGUCAUAAUAAUAGUCAUAAUAAUAGUCAUAAUAAUAGUCAUAAUAAUAGUCAUAAUAAUAGUCAUAAUAAUAGCCAUAAUAAUAGUCAUAAUAAUAGCCAUAAUAAUAGCUGUAAUAUUAGUUGUUAUAAUAGUGAUGAUAAUAAUGAUGAUGAUAAGGAAAUUAAGAAUAUUUUAAAUGUAUUAAAUAAUUUAAGAAAUUAUAAAUUUCAUGAUACAGAUAAUUUAGACAAUGAUGAAAAUUAUGAAUCCUUUGAUAAUCAUCCUGAUGAUUAUAAAACAUCAAAUAAGGAUAUGGAUGAAAACGAUAAACUUAAUACAAACGAAAUGAAUAAUAUGUAUCAUGACCAAAAUAUCCCUUUCCUAAAAAAUGAAUAUACAUAUAAUAAUGUUCUGUCUAAGGAAGAUAAAGAAAAUAUCGAUUUACAAAAAAUAAAAGAUAAAUAUGAAAAGUUUACCCUCAAUCUUAAUAACCAAAUGGAUGAUAAUAAUAAUAAUAAGGUAAAUCAAAUAAAUUUUAAUGAAAACAAUAAUAAAAAUGAUAUGUGUCAAGAAAAGGAGAAAAGACAACUUCAUUAUGAAACAUCACAAGAAGAAAAAAAAAAUAUGUCCAAUGAAAUAAUAAAUAAUGAUAAUUCCACAAAUCAACAGGUUCACGGAAAAAAAAAAGAUUUAAUAAAUACACAUAUAUAUUCUUCAAAAAAUAAUAAUAAUCACAUACAUAAUUCUGAUCAAGAAUUAAUAAUUUUUAAAAAUAAUAUAAAUUGUGUAAAAAAUAACGAGGUAAUUAUAAUGGAUGAUAAAAACAAUUGUCAUAUAAAUAAUAAUGCAAAUGAUCACUUUUAUAUUUAUAAACAAACACAAAAUAAUUAUAAUGAUAUUAAUCAAGAAAAAAUCAAACAAUCCAAUAGUUGUAAUGAAGAACAAAAUAAAGUAAAAGGUCAUUUUAAUAAUAUAAAAGAAGAACUAGCCAUAUCUUCCAAUAAUUCUUCUAAAAAUUCUGAACAAGUCAGGAAAAAAAAAUUAUUAAAAGAAAAUAUGAACAAUUUAAAUAAUGUUAAUAAAAAUGAGGAGACAAAUAUGAUAUAUAAUAAUAAAGAAACUAUAAUGGAUAAUGAAAAUGUAUAUAUUAAUACAUAUAAUAAUAAUAAUAAUAAUAAUAAUAAUAAUAAUAAUAAUAAUGAUAUAUAUAGUAAUAACAAUAUAUAUAAUAAUAAUAAUAAUUGUAAUAAUUAUGACGUGUGUGGAAACGAUGUUGGAUUUGCAAAAUCAAAUAUCAUGAAUGUCAAUUUAGAGAAUUAUAAUAUAAUUGACAGCACAAAAUAUAUUUUUCAGGAGAAUACUAAAGACAUAUCUAAUGAUAUAAAGACCGAAAUGAAAAACAUAAACUUGGAGAAUGAAGAAAAUUUUGAAUUUGAUUCAUAUCUAAAUAAAUUAAAUAAUUUGAAAAGUAUGCUUCAUCAAAAUGAGAGCGAUAGCGAAAAUUAUGAUGAUGAAAAUGGCGAUAUAAAUUCGGAAGAACAAAAUGAUAUUACAGAUGAAGGAAAGAAAAGUGUUGUAGAUUAUGAUAAAGAAUUAAGUACGGAUGUUGAUAUUGAUGUUGAUGUUGAUGUUGAUGUUGAUGUUGAUGUGGAUGUGGAUGAUGAAAGUAGCAAUCAAAAUAUAUCUAAUGAGAAAAAGAACAAAGAAAAAAAAAUAAAAAAUAAUAAAAAUAAAAAUGAUGAUGAUGAUGAUAAUGAUGAUGAUGAUGAUAAUGAUGAUAAUGAUGAUAAUGAUAAUAAUGAUGAUAAUGAUAAUAAUGAUGAUAAUGAUAAUAAUGAUGAUAAUGAUAAUAAUGAUGAUAAUGAUGAUAAUGAUAAUAAUGAUGAUUAUGUUCAUUAUGUUCAUUAUGUUCAUUAUGAUGAUAACAAUAAUAACAAUAUGCUGGUUCAAUAUACCCACAAUCAUCACGAUACAUCCAGCCAAGAAAACAUUCAACACACAAAUUAUAAACAUAAUAAUUAUAAUGUAUUAGAAAAUUUCACUAUCGAUAAACAACCAAGCGAUAAUAAUCAUAAUAAAAAUAAUUAUCGCGAUAAUAAUCGUAAUAAAAAUAAUUAUCGCGAUAAUAAUCGUAAUAAAAAUAAUUAUCGCGAUAAGAAUCAUAAUAGUAAUAAUAAUAAAAAUAAUAAUAAAAAUAAAAAUAAUAAUUAUUAUUACUAUCAACAUAAUAACAACCUUUCACACAUUACGGUGUUAGAAAAAAAAAAUAAAGCUCUAAACAAACAAGUGAAAUAUUUAGAAAACAAAAUUUUGGUACAGAAGAAAAAAGAAAUGAGUUUCUGUAAAAAUAAAGAGAAAUACAAAAAGAAAAAGAUAUCCCUAAUUAAUGAAUAUGAAAAAAAACUAGACAACAUAAUUAUAGAUUUUAAUAAACUUAAAGAAAAUUGUAUAACGAAAGAAAAGAAGCUAGCUAAAAUGGAAGAUAUAACAAAAUAUAUAAAUGAACAAUUUUCAUUAAGCAAAAUACAAUUUGAAAAUAAAAUGAAUGAAUAUGUAAUAUUUUUAAAAAAGAAAGAUUCAGAAAUAUAUAUGUUAAAAGAAUUAAUAAAAGAAAAAGAAAAAACCAUAUUAUAUAAUGAUAAUAUAUUGAAACAAUAUAAAAAAGAUGUAGAUGACAUAUUAAAAGAGAAUAUAGAAAAAAUUGAUGAUAUAAAAAAAAAACUAAAAACACAAGAAGAAAUAAUAUCUCAAAAAGAUAGACAAAUAGAAACCUUAGAAAAUAAUUUAAAAAUAGGAAAAGAGAAAAUUAAUAAAUUUGAUAACGAAAUCCAAAAAUUACAAUAUAAAAUAAAUAUACAUAUAGAAAAAGAAACAGAAAUAAAAAAAACAAAUGAUAUAGAAAAAGAAAAAAACACCAAAUUAAGUAAUAAGUUCGAUAUUAUAAAUAAAGAAAAUAAUAAUUUACAUAACAAAAUAGAAACGUUAUUAAAAAAUGAAAAAGAAAUAAGUACAGAGAAUGUUAAAUUAAUAGAAACAAAUAAAACAUUAUAUAUAGAAAAUGAAAAGUUAUCAAAUGAUUUAAAAAAUACAUUAAAGGAAAAAGAAAAAAUACAAGAGAAUUAUAAUAAAAUAAAUAAAGAACAUAUAAAAAUAAUAGAAGAACUUCAAUCCUAUAAGGAAAUAAAAGAGAAACACAUGAAGGAAAUCACACAAAUCAAAGAACAAAUACAUAAUUUAGAUAAACAUAUUGCUCAAAUACAAAUAGAAAAAAACAAUUUUGAAGAAAGUUAUUUAAAAGAAAAAAAUGAAAAUGAAAAAAUGUCAAACAUAUUAGAAGAAAAAUAUAAAGAAUUAUCAACUUAUGAAAUAGAUAAAAAUAUAAAUAAAAUAAAAAUCGAAGAUCUAGAAAAAGAUAAAGAAAAUAUCCUUUUAACAAAAAAUGAGGAAAUUAAUAAUUUAAAAGAAGAAUAUAAAAUGGUACAACAACAUUUAGAAGAUACAAAUGUAUUAUAUGAAAAACAAAAGCUAGCUAUAGAUACAAUAACUAAAGAAAAAAAUAAUAUUAUUAAUGAAUGUGAUAAAAUCAAAAAUAAAAAUAAAAAACUUAAUAACAAAUUAAAAGAAAAUCAAAACAAUUAUGAACACACAUUAAAUAAUAUAAAAAAAGAAAAUCAACAAAUUAUAGAAAGAGAAAAAAAAAACUUUACACAAAAAGUAGAAUCCUUAGAACAUGCAUUCAAACAAUCUUAUAAUCAAUUAAAAGAUCAAAAUGAAAAUCUACAACAACAAAUCAAACAAUUAAAAAAUGUAAAUCAAGAUAUUAAAACCAAUUCGAAAAAUCUUAAAAAUGUAAACGAAAUAUUAAUUAAAGAAACAAAAAAUUAUUCUCAACAAAAAGAAAAAUUUAUUAAAGGAUUAAAAAAUAUUAAACAAGCAUAUAUCAAAUUAAAAAAUGAAAAUCAACAAUUAAAAAUAAAUGCAUUUGAAUAUAUAAAAAAAGACGUACAAGAUAAUUAUGUAACUCUCAAUGUACACAAUAAUAUAUUAAAUGAACAAAAAAAAUUAUUUGUACAAAUAGAUAUACUCAAAUCUCAAGUAGAUCAAAAACAAAAUAUUAUAAAUAAUAUGAAAGAACAAAUUGAAGAUGUUAAUCAUAAAAUCGCAUCUAUAAAUAAAGAAAAGGAAGAACUAAACACAACCAUAAAAAUCAAAAAUAAAAUCACAGAAGAUGUGAAUUUAAGCGUCGAGAAAUUGAAGAGUGAACUAAACUCUAAAGAUGAUGAAGUAAAAAAAAGGACAAUCGAAAUUAAACAAAAAGAAAGAGAAUAUAAAAAGUUAUUAGAUGAUUACAAAAUAGAAAAAAAAAAUCUCGUAACCAAAUAUGAAAAGGAAUUAGAUUCUUAUAUGACUAAAUAUGAAUUUGCUCAUGCAAAAUAUAAACAAUAUGAAGAAGAGAUUAAGGAUUUAAAAAAUAAGUUAAAACUUAAAGAUGAAGUAAUUGAAUAUACGCACAAGGAAAUUGAAAAUAUAAAAGAAUCUUUUUGUAACGAAUAUGAGAAUAAAAUUAAAACACUUGUUGAGGAGAAAGACAAGGAAAUUAACACUGUACAAAAAAAAUGUAAAGAAUUACGUCAAGACAAUACGACGAAUAAAAACGAAAUCGUCAAAUUAAAUAAAAUGCUAGAGGAAACUAAUAAGAAGAUUAAGAAACGAGAUAUGGAGAUGUACAUUUUAUUAGAAGAAAAUAAAAAACAAAAAGAAAAAGCAGCAAAAAAAAUGACAAAGGUCAAUGCAUUGUUAAACAAUCUUCAUAAAGAAUAUACUGAUAAUAUACCAUAA